CAAUGUGGCCGCUAGAUAGCAAGCGUCAAGUUAUGGCGUUUGCGAGACAUUCGUAAAUGGUUUUUUUAAAUUGUAAUUUUUAUAAAUGUCUGUGUGAUUUUGAUAACAUAAAUUUAACAUGAGUAGAUAUUACGAUUACGGUAACGCGAUAUCAUGUUGACAUGAGAUGGUCGCUCGUCAACAAUGGUUAAAACACGAUCUUCAGCGAGGGUAGGAAACGCGGCCACCAGUGCGCCCGCCGAAAAUGGAACGUCUUCCGAACUUAGAACGCGACUCAAAACCACUGAGAACGGGCACCGAUCGCAAAAGGCCUACAAUACAUCUAGGAACAGUCAACAGUCGUUGUCGUCGGGCGGUGUGGGCCCGGGCGGCGGGUCGCAGGGCAAGGACCCGCUGGCCCCCGCGCUGCCCGGCUCCCGCAUGUACCAGCACCCUGCCGUCAGCGGUUACAACACACAAGACUCACGCGCACAGGCUAUGCCAGUCUCGGCGCGACAGAACCCGAUGUACGCGAGCGGCAUGUACCACGGGUACAGCGGCGCGGGCGCGGCCACGCUGGCGCCGAUGCAGUCGCCGUCGCCCACCGCGCCGCUGACGCCCUUCCCCGUGCAUCCAGACGUGAAGUUCAAAAAGCUGCCGUUCUACGACGUGCUAGCGGAGCUGAUGAAGCCCUCGACGAUGAUGCCGAUGCAGGCGGGCCGCAUGCAGGAAGGCACCUUCAUAUUCCAUCUCACGCCGCAGCAGGCAACAGAGAUCGCGUCCGGGAAGGACAUCGUCGGCACUAGUAAUAAAUUGGAUUAUGUUAUACAGGCACAACUGAGGUUUUGUCUCCUGGAAACUUCGUGCGAACAAGAAGAUCACUUCCCACCUAGUGUUAAUGUAAAAGUCAACAACAAAAUGUGUCCACUGCCAAACCCAAUACCAACGAACAAACCCACACCGGAGCCGAAGCGGCCACCACGGCCCGUCAACAUCUCGUCACUCGUGAAGCUAUCGCCAACUGUAGCGAACACAAUCCACGUGACGUGGGCGGCGGACUUCACACGCGCGUACGUGCUAAGCGUGUUCAUGGUGAGGAAGCUGACAUCAGCUGAGCUCCUGCAGCGGCUCAAGAACAAGGGCACCAAGAACCCGGAUUAUACUAGAUCGCUGAUCAAAGAGAAGCUCUCAGAAGACUACGACAGCGAGAUAGCAACGACGUCCUUGCGCGUCUCCCUCAUGUGCCCUCUCGGCAAGAUGCGCAUGUCCUGCCCGUGCCGGCCGGCCGCGUGUCCACACUUGCAGUGCUUCGACGCGUCGCUCUUCCUGCAGAUGAACGAGCGCAAGCCCACGUGGCUGUGUCCAGUGUGCGACCGCCCCGCACCGUAUGACACUCUUGUUGUCGAUGGGUACUUCCAAGAGGUGUUGACGUCUGCGCGGCUGUCGAGCGAGUGCAGUGAGAUCCAGCUGCACGCGGAUGGCAGCUGGUCUGCGCACGCGCCGCCUGCCCGCGCCGCGCCCGCGCUCACGCCGCACGUGCACGAGCCCGCUGCCGAGCCCGUCACGCUCAUCUCAGAUGAUCUGGAAGUGAUACCAGUGGAAGGCAGUGCAAGCAACGGGGGUGGUAAGCGCGCGGCUGUAGGCGAGAACCGGGCCGCCAAACCGACUGCUGAGGUGUUAGUCGAUCUCACUUCUGAUUCAGAGGACGAACUGCCACUGAAGAGGAAGGUGCCACAGCCUAAACCGACGCCGCCCGCCUCCGAGACGAGUGUCAAGAGUGAUGACAACUACUCCUCCUCGAGUGCGGUGGAGGCGGUGUCGUCGAGCGGGUACCGGUCGCCGGGCGGCGCGGGCGCAGGCGCGUGCGGCGCGGCGUGCGGCGUGAUCUCGCUCGACAGCCCCUCGCCGCCCGCCGCCGCGCCGCCGCCCGACCCGCUGCCAGACCGCCCGCAUCUCUCCAUCACGCCUGUAGACAGAUGCACAAGUAAUAACACGGAGCGCGAGGAAGCCGACACAGCGCCGGCACACUGGGCGCCGUACGCAGAGACGGACCGCGACGAGCCUUAUAGGAAAUACUGACUGAGGGAGAAGAAUGGCCGCCCGUCGUACGCCAGCGGCCAUUCUUCAGAAGAAGAGGAAAGCUCUCCGUAUGCGGAGGUGUCUCUAGUGCCGCAAUAGGCGUACUCUGCCACCUCACUCAAGGGAAAACGGGACAACAAUAUUCAGACAAGAAACAUUUGCUUCAAUCUACAGCGAUCUGGACAGACACCGCUUGCACUAACAUAAAGAUGGUUGAAUGCAACUGAACUAUCUCAUUGUUGAAUAUAACAACAGAUUUGGUCAGUCAAAGACUGUUUUCGGCUUAAAAUACAUUCAAUUGGACAAGGAAUGAUAACGGAACAAAGACGAAAUUGAGAGAAACAAAAUGAGUGCAAAUAUUUCUCUAAUAUGGUUGAAUGCCCGUAUCGUCGAGUUUGCUUUUAUUUUCUAUAAAAAUAUAAAUUUGAGAUGUUUAAAAGCUGUCCAUUGAAUCGUCACAGUCUGUUACACAGCAGCUAGCUUUUCGUGACUAAUGAAAAUUAAAGUGUGAUUUUGUAAUAUGUUUAGAAAGUUGAACACUCAGGUGGAGGAAGGAAAAUAGUGUUUUAAUACACUGUCGUACUGUCGCCGCCGAGCGACGUUUUGUAUGAAGAUACGAGUUUCCAAAUAAAAAUGUAAAAACGUAGUCUACCCCGCUGUAUGUUAAGACAUUGUAAAUAAAACACGUUUAAUAUAAAAGACGAGCACGCGGCCGGAUGUAGGCGGCGCUGCGUCUCGUUGGUCUCAUUACCAAAUUAAUAUUUAAUUAUCUUUGUAAUUAGUGCAAUUGAUAGUAAUUGUACCUGCUGACUAAUAGAGCCACUACUUUAUUUAUGUGUAGUUCUAUAAGCCAACGAUAUGGGGGCGGACUGCGCCGUGUCGACUCCUCAACAGAUAAUUAUCAAGUGGAAAAUAUCUGUUACGGAAUAUAACGUUCAGAAAAAAUGGCUUCGGCGUUUAUCACGUUUAGUUUUUUUUUUUCGAAUCUAACGGGCUUGGAGAGCGAUCAAUGCUCGCCCUUAUUAGCAAAAUAAUGUAAAUUUAUUAUCAAUUUUUAUAUAGUACAUGGAAAUUAAUGAUAGAUGAGUUUUUUAGCCUUUCCAAAUAUUAUGUGUAAGGAUUACAAGUUCUGCCAAUUAAGGCGACGAUAUGUCACGCUAGGUCGAAGCGCGGCGCACAACAGUGAUUGUAAUUAUUUUGUUGACAUACAUUGAUCAUUAAAAUCCGAGGCCCUUUGCCACGGUAGGUAUGGAAUAUGGAUAUUGUAUGUAUAGUUCUCGAUUCCAAAUUGAAUGUUAGUUUAGUACACUUCAAAUUACGUGACUUUGAAAUCGAGUUAGCCAUAAUGCUUUUUUGUCAGCCGCAAUGAAAACAUUGCGAGGUUGGUUUUGGUACGAGAAAACCCACGAAGACACGCGUUUUAAUUUAUUUAUUCAACCGGAACUAAAGGUAUGCGCAAUGUGCAAACAUUGAAUAGAAAAUGUGGAAACUUCACGGGGUCUUGCGCAAUGUGAACGCGACACGCUAUGCGCUACGAUUCAAUAAUUUCUUACUAGAAUAUAUAUUUUUAUGUUAUAAUAUUUCUGAGAAAGAUUGGGCAAAAACAUUGACAUGUUUAUCCAAUACGUGUUUUGUAUAUCAAACUCAUCAAACGGUAUAUUUUGCGCAAAUUUAAUUAAAUUAUAGUCGUAUUCCGCUGUGUGUGGAUGAUCAAGUAUUUUUUAAUUAAUUUAACCCCAUCAGUAUAAUAUAAUUAAUAUCACGUGAGUUAAAUGUGGUAAUGAGUAACUUGGACGUGAGUAAAAUACUCAUUUGUUUCAUAAAUAAAAUGAAUAGAAUAUUUCAUUGUGUAAAUGUGCUCAUUUGUGCAUAUUUCUAGUGCCGGUUUAUGUUAAAAUAUUUGUAUUGUAUUAUAAUGAAGUGAAUUCAAGAGUUGUCGCAGCGACAUUAUCACUUCCAAAUGUCACGUUAAAUUAAAGUAUGUUUAUGAUUAAGACAAUUUUAGGAUAUAAAUAAAUGUAAAUAUUUCCA